AGUUUCCCUUGCGAAGAAAAGGAUAAUUAAAAGCAAAUAUGGGACGUUAUUCAUCAGAUAGUGAAGAAGAGAAGAAGAAAAGAAAAAAGAAGAAAAAGAAGAGGUCAAGGUCAAGGUCCAGAAGCGAAAGUAUAGAAAGCCGACACUCAACAAAGCCAAAGAAAUCGAAGAAAAAGAAGAAGCGCAGGUCAAGGUCAAGAAGUAGAUCACCUGAUAGAUAUAGAAGGUCCAGGUCUCGAAGUUACGAUAGACGGUCAAGGUCACGUAGUAGGGACAGAUACAGAAGUCGCUACUCAAGGUCAAGGUCAUGGAGCAGAGACAGGAGAAGAAGAAGGUCAAGAUCCUAUGACUCGCAUUCAAGGUCAUCCAGAAGGUCAAGGUCAUACUCACCAGAACGGAAAAGUAGGAAAAACAGGUCCUCAAAUGAAAGAGAGGAUCCUUGUGCAAAUAUUCCAGGAUUUGCUGAAAUGACUCCAGCGGAACAGGCAAAGAUCAGAAUGCACAUGGCUUUAAAGGCAGCAGCUGCAGCAGAUGAGAAGCUGAAGGGAGAUGUUACAAAGAGCCAUUCCUCCACCAGUCUUCAUGAUUCAAUGGCGUUCUCCCAGGCUAUACAGGAUAUUGAGAGCUCAAGUUUUGCUGCAUCAUCUUUCAAAUCUAGCCGAGGGGAUAGAAAAGAGGAGAAAUCAGUGAAAGAUGACUUUACAUUUGGUACAGCAGGAGAGCUGAAACUGGACUCACAAAGGAAACCAGUACUGGUAGAUGUUGAAAAUGAAGAUCUUGCUCAUCCUAGUUUAUACACAGACCCAGAGGAAAAACUUGACCAGUGGAUACAAAAACUGGCUGCAAUGAGAAGAAAAAAGCUGGAAGGCGAGGCAUUGACUUGAUGGAAACUAUUUAUAUUCUGUAUGGUGUAUCCAGUGUUACUAAUUUUUAGAUCUCAGCACAAGAUAUGCUGUUCAUUCUUUAUGGCAUGGAAGACAGUUCUGAAUAGUGAUUAUUCUUUGAUUCACACAUAAAAAUGGCAGCUUUGAUUGAAAAACCAUGUGCACAGGGAAUACAUUUGACACAGGGAAUAGUUUGUGUGUUUAGGCUAUACAUUCAUAAUCUGUGGCUAUAUUGUGGCAUUCCUGAAAGACGGAUUAUGAUAAAUGUGCUUAAACUUUGUUAUUUCCUUAAGAGAUAGUAAUAUUCAUUAUAAUAAAUGACAAUAGAAAUUAUGUUUUUGAUAAAAAAUGAUUCUGUGAA